UCAUAUUCUUAUAUUUUUUUUGCUCCAAAGCUUUUGGGUACAGGAGUUGUUACAAAGGGCCUUCCUUUUACACUCAACUGCUUGUGGCAUCUAAUUCUGAUUGUAAACUUUGGCCAAAUGGGUCAGACUUCUUACACUCUCGAAUUAAUUAAGAGCUCCCCCAAUUUGAGUAAACUUGAGAUUUUGGUCUAUGGCACUGAUUGUGAAAGUGCUGAAGCAGUUAUGAAAUAUCUGGGCAGACCAGCCUGCUUGGACCGACCACUCGACAAGCUCAAAGAUGUCGUUAUGCGUCUUUUUGAGGGUUCAAAAGCUGAACUGCUGUUCAUAAAGCUAUUGUUUGCUCGUACUCCAUCUUUGGUUAGGAUGGAUAUUAAGCAGAAGAAAGCCAUAGGGACUUGGGAAGAAAGGAAUAUCACCAGAGAGUUGAUGCGUUUCCCCAGAGCAUCUCCCAAGGCUGAGCUAUUCUAUACGACAGAUGAGGAUUAGGAUUUUAAGUCGGUUGAUUUGCGAUUUGAUGCUAUUAAUGCUCAUUGAUUCCUUCUUUGUUCAUAGAGUUUUGUUAAAGAAGGGAAUGAAUUGGCAGAUCUAGAAUUAGUAAAACUUGUGGGGUUCCUUUAAUAGAUAUGUUUAGGAGAUGUUUAAUGUGAUAAAAACAAAAAUGUUUCUUUUCAGUUCCUUAGUUAAUUUGGAAAAGAUCUCUGCAAUUGUUUGUGUACAUUAAUACAUAAAUAACCUUGUUUGGGAAUU